CUGCUGGGGUCCCUAGCGGCGCGCGCGCGCGCAGAGAUGGCGGAGGCGGUGGAACGCACAGACGAGCUGGUCCGGGAGUACUUGCUCUUCCGCGGUUUCACGCACACGCUGCGGCAGCUGGAUGCGGAGAUCAAGGCGGACAAAGAGAAGGGGUUUAGGGUGGACAAGAUUGUGGACCAGUUGCAACAGUUGAUGCAGGUAUAUGACUUGGCUGCCCUUCGGGAUUACUGGAGCUACCUGGAGCGCAGGCUCUUCAGCCGCUUGGAGGAUAUAUAUCGACCCACCAUCAGCAAACUGAAAACCAGCCUGUUCCGCUUUUAUCUUGUCUACACAAUCCAGACAAACAGAAAUGACAAGGCACAGGAAUUCUUUGCAAAGCAGGCCGCGGAGCUCCAGAACCAGGCUGAAUGGAAGGAUUGGUUCGUACUGCCCUUCUUGCCAUCCCCGGACACCAACCCCACCUUCGCCACCUACUUUUCUCGACAGUGGGCCGACACUUUCAUUGUCUCUCUGCACAACUUCCUGAGCGUCCUCUUCCAAUGCAUGCCGGUCCCUGUGAUCCUGAACUUCGAUGCAGAGUGCCAGAGGACCAACCAGAUUCAAGAAGAAAACGAAGUUCUGCGUCAGAAGCUUUUUGCAUUGCAAGCUGAAAUCCACCGGCUAAAGAAGGAAGAGCAACAGCAGGAGGAGGGACAGGCCGUGGUGCAACACAGACUGCCCCCCUACGUCUCCAGCAUGGACCGCCUUGGGGACUCAGAGCUAGCCAUGGUGUGCAGCCAGAGGACUGCCUCCCUUUCCCAGUCACCUCGAGUGGGCUUCCUGUCCUCGCUGCUGCCUCAGAGUAAGAAGAGCCCUUCAAGGUUGUCACCUGCCCAAGGCCCCCCUCAGGCUCAGAGCUCAGCCAAGAAAGACUCCCUCAGCGGUCAGGCUGCCAAGGGAAAGGACCCAGUGCCCGGGGCCAAGGAUGGGAAGAGCCUCCUGAGCGGGCCAGUGCCUGGGGAGGCCAGCUGGGCACAUCAGCGCCAACGGCGUCUGCAGGACCAUGGCAAGGAGAGGAGGGAGCUACUCUCUACCUCCUCCUCCUCCUCCCAGUGCACAGAGAAGAAGCCAGAAGGCAGUGGCCCAGAAGCUGAGCCCUGCCUGGAACUCCACAGGGGGCCAGGGGAGCCUCUGGCCCGGGUGUCCACAGCAGGCUCCGAGGGAGGCCGCCCCGAGCAGCCCUUCAUAGUGCUGAGCCAGGAGGAGUAUGGGGAGCACCAUUCGUCCAUCAUGCACUGCAGAGUGGACUGCUCUGGUAGGAGAGUGGCCAGCUUAGAUGUAGACGGGGUCAUCAAAGUGUGGUCCUUCAACCCAAUCAUGCAGACCAAAGCAUCCUCCAUUUCCAAAUCACCACUGCUGUCCUUAGAGUGGGCCACCAAGCGAGACAGGCUGCUCCUCCUGGGCAGUGGUGUGGGGACGGUUCGUCUUUAUGAUACAGAAGCCAAGAAGAACCUCUGUGAAAUCAACAUCAACGAUGACAUGCCCAGAAUCCUGUCUCUUGCCUGCAGCCCCAAUGGGGCCUCUUUCGUCUGUUCAGCUGCAGCUCUGAGCCUCGCCUCCCAGACAGACUCCCUGGCCCCGGAUGUUGGCGGCAAAGGCAUGAACCAGGUUCCUGGCAAGCUGCUGCUGUGGGACACAAAAACCAUGAAGCAGCAGCUUCAGUUCUCACUGGACCCAGAGCCCAUUGCCAUCAACUGCACAGCUUUCAACCACAAUGGGAACCUGCUGGUCACAGGGGCAGCUGAUGGCGUCAUCCGGCUCUUUGACAUGCAGCAGCAUGAGUGUGCCAUGAGCUGGAAGGCCCACUCCGGGGAGGUCUACUCCGUGGAAUUCAGCUGUGAUGAGAAUGCCGUGUACAGCAUUGGCGAGGAUGGUAAGUUCAUCCAGUGGAACAUCCAUAAGAGUGGCCUCAAGGUGUCCGAGCACAGCCUCCCUUCAGAUGCCACCGGCCCCUUUGUCCUGUCCGGCUACAGUGGCUACAAGCAGGUUCAGGUCCCCAGGGGCCGGCUCUUCGCUUUCGACUCAGAGGGCAACUACAUGCUGACAUGUUCUGCCGCGGGGGGCAUCAUCUACAAGCUGGGCGGCGAUGAGAAAGCUCUAGAGAGCUGCUUGAGUCUGGGCGGCCACCGGGCCCCUGUGGUCACCGUGGACUGGAGCACGGCCAUGGACUGUGGGACAUGCCUCACAGCCUCCAUGGAUGGCAAGAUCAAGCUGACCACCCUCCUGGCGCAUAAGCUCUGAUGUCCCUGCCUGCAGCGACACACAUCGGAAGCAGAACUGUCCCCCGGGGGAGGAGA